AUGUCAGAAGCAGACAAAGUAGCCACACAGCCACAAGAAGUCGCUGAGAAAUCAGCACCUGCUCAGACCUCGGAGCAAGUCCCGCCACAUAUAGAUACGUCAUCCCCCGCCACCAAGCAAGCUGAGCCUACAACAUCAGUACCAGCAGAGCCAGCAAAUACAUCGCAACCAGUACCACAAGUACCAGAAGCAACAUCCCCAUCGCCUCCAACCUCGAUUCAACGCACACCAACAGAGUCAAAGCCACAGGGGGUUGCAGACAGAGCAAUCAACGGAGAUCAAGGUGCAAACCUCCAAAAAUCACCAUCAGCCACAGCCUCAGCUAGAGGUGCAGAGAGAGUAUCCCAAGAUCAACAAAACCGCCUCCAAGACGCGGAUGCACGUUUAGGGGAUGAUGACCGCAGAGCGAUUCUGAUGAAUGAGGGCAAAGAUGCUAAACAGGUUUCAAAAAUCUUGGAGGCGGAAGCCAAGAACGAUGCAGCUGCUCUCAAAGACGCUCUCAAGGAUGCAGAGAAAGCGCAGAAAUUGAGCGCUAAAGCUGAGAAAUCUAUAACACAAGCUAAUGGUAGAUUGGAGAAAUCUAUCAAGAGCCAUCACGAAAUUGCUAAAAAGCUUGAGCGUCUCAAGUCAGAUUUUGAGUCUUCUGAGCGUCAACGCGAGCAAAGGCAAAGAGAGCUCGAGUUAAAGAAGCAGCACAAGGCGGAGAUUGAUGCUCUCGUUGAUGAGCGUAUGGAACGCGUGGAUAGACUAACGAAUGGGAAGGCUAUAACAGAUCGUGAACGCACUGUUCAGCGCCGUAACACAGUAAACCCAAAGAAAUAA